AGUUCUCAAAUCAAGAGCUUCAGCACAUCACCAGCUCUCUAAUUUGUUAUAUUAUUUUAUAAAGAUCCAAUUUGUGUUUCUAUAACUUUUAAUAGUCGAGGUAAAUCGACUGGUCGUUAAGUUAUUACCCAGAUACAUUUGCAAUCAUGAGAGUAUUCAUGAUCGUUGCGCUCGCCGCAGUGGCGAUGGCACGACCGGAAGCUGGUUACUCGUAUCAGCAACCCAGUAGCAGCUAUGGAGCGCCAGGUGGAUCCGGGGGGCUAGGAGGUGGACACGGUGGAUCUGGUGGACAUGGGGGUGGUUUGUCACUGGGUGGAUUUGGAGGUGGAUCUAGUUUAGGUGGGUUUGGGGGUGGAUCUAGUUUAGGUGGAUUCAGCGGUGGAUCUAGUUCAUUCGGUGGAUCUGGUGGAUUCAGUGGUGGAUCCGGUGGAUUCAGUGGUGGGUCUGGUGGAUUCAGUGGUGGGUCUGGGGGAUUUAGUGGUGGAUCUGGAUUCGGCGGUGGAUCCGGUGGAUUCGGCGGUGGAAGCAGUGGUGGUGCUUUAAUCCAGAAACACAUUUACGUACACGUUCCACCACCAGAAGCACCAGAAGAACGUCCAUUCAGACCUCAGCUCCAAACUGCUGCACCACAGAAACACUACAAAAUUAUUUUCAUCAAGGCACCAACCCCACCAGCACCAACUGCACCUGUCAUACCAGCUCUCCAACAAGACGAACAGAAAACUCUUAUCUACGUUUUGGUUAAGAAACCCGAAGAUGCUCCAGAAAUAAACUUGCCCACUGCUGCACCAACUCAACCAUCUAAACCCGAGGUCUACUUCAUCAAAUACAAGACCCAGAAAGAAGGUGGCUCAAUCGGUGGUGGAUCAAUCGGUGGUGGAUCAAUCGGCGGUGGAUCAAUCGGUGGAGGCUCAAUUGGUGGUGGAUCAAUCGGUGGAGGAAGUGGAAUUGGCGGUGGAUCAAUCGGUGGUGGAUCACAUGGUGGAUCAAUUGGUGGAGGAAGUGGAUCAAUCGGCGGUGGAAUUGGUGGUGGUGACGGACACGGUGGAUCUGGACCAAUGAUUCACAAGCACGUUUAUGUUCAUGUACCUCCCCCAGAAGCACCUGAAUACAAACCGCCAAAGUACUUACCACCGGCAGCUGCACCACAGAAACAUUACAAGAUUGUUUUCAUCAAGGCCCCGACUCCCCCAACCCCAACGGCGCCAGUAAUUCCUGUAGUACCCCAGGAUGAGCAGAAAACUUUGAUUUAUGUCCUGGUUAAGAAGCCUGAGGAGGCGCCAGAUGUCGUUGUGCCGACGCCUGCGCCCACGCAGCCCAGCAAACCCGAGGUCUACUUCAUUCGCUACAAGACUCAGAAAGAACAGUCGGGAAGCUAUGGGCCACCGGCAGCACCACAGGACAGCUAUGGGCCGCCAUCUUCGGGAACUGGCGGUCCCUAUUGAAGCGCCACGAAAUCACGCGUGCCAACAGCCAAAUAAAAUAUAAAUAUCUUUGAUUGUUAAUAUAAAUAUAAAUAUAUAAAUAUGAGUAUGAUUAAUUAUCAGUAAAAUAUUUCACUGAUCUCCAAUAAAAUCUUAAUGAUUUUUAGUAAAGAAAAAAAAAAAUUUUUGAAAAAUUUUGAAGAAUUUUUAGAAAAAAAAAAUAAUAAUAAGUAGACAGGAAAUAAAAAUUUUGAAAAUGUAAAUCAGUGAAAAUUUUGCGGUUAUG